CUCGGUGGUUCUCCAUCUCGGUAACAUGUUAGAUUCACCCGCGCGAUUUAGAAGUCUCCAUGCCUAGGACAUACGCCAGACCAAUUAAAUCAGAAUCUCUGGGCUUCACUCUCUGCUUAAGUCUUUGCAGAUGAUUCCAACUGCCAAAGUUGCAAACCCUGUUUCGAGGAGGCAGGCGGAAUUCUCACGACCUUCCCAAGAUGGCGGCUACCCUACGCUUCCGUCUUUACGUGGGCCGACAGGGGGCGGGCUUUCCCGUGGCGCGUGCGUGUAGUGGCUUUUCGCUCCCCGCUCCCUCCUCCUCUUUCCCCCGCCUCCAUUUUGUUCGCGGACGCUGGGGACAGUGGGAGCAGAUCCAUUUCCGGGUUGGCAAAAGGGGCGGCGGCGGCGAGAGAGAGAGCUUGCCGGGGAGCUAGCAGGACGGGACGAAGCCGGAGCGGAGGUGGCGGCGGAUUCGUUCCCGGGGCAGUUGCCGCCCGGUCGGGAAGAGGCCGAGGAGGCUGGGUAUAUGAGUGACCCAAAGCUGCAAAUUAAAACGGAGAGAAAGCAGUGCCAACCGCGAGCAGGGCAAGGAUGCCAAUUCCUCCCCCUCCACUGCCCCCUGGUCCUCCUCCACCUCCCACUUUUAAUCAGGCAAACACAGAGCAGCCCAAGCUGAGUAGAGAUGAGCAGCGGGGUCGAGGUGCCCUCUUACAGGAUAUCUGCAAAGGGACCAAGCUGAAGAAGGUGACCAACAUUAACGAUCGGAGUGCUCCCAUCCUUGAGAAACCCAAAGGAAGCAGUGGUGGUUAUGGCUCUGGAGCAGUUGCCCUGCAGCCCAAGGGAGGUCUCUUCCAAGGGGGAGUGCCGAAGCUCCGACCUGUGGGAGCCAAGGAUGGUUCAGAGAACCUAGCUGGUAAGUCAGCCCUACAAGUCCCCAGUUCUCGAGCUGCUGCCCCAAGGCCACCGGUGUCUACAGCCAGCGGGCGCCCUCAAGAUGAUACAGACAGCUGCCGAGCCUCGCUCCCAGAACUGCCCCGGAUGCAGAGACCCUCGUUACCGGACCUCUCUCGGCCUAAUACCACCAGCAGUACAGGCAUGAAGCACAGCAGCUCUGCCCCUCCUCCGCCACCCCCGGGGCGGCGUGCCAAUGCUCCCCCCACGCCUCUGCCUAUGCACAGCAACAAAGCCCCAGCCUACAACAGAGAGAAGCCCUUGCCACCCACACCUGGACAGAGGCUGCACCCUGGUCGCGAGGGACCUCCUGCUCCGCCCUCGGUCAAACCACCUCCUUCCCCUGUGAAUAUCAGAACGGGACCAAGUGGCCAGUCUCUGGCUCCUCCUCCGCCUUACCGCCAGCCUCCUGGGGUCCCCAAUGGACCCUCCAGUCCCACUAACGAGUCAGCCCCUGAGCUGCCACAGAGACACAAUUCUUUGCAUAGGAAGACACCAGGGCCUGUCAGAGGCCUAGCGCCUCCCCCACCCACCUCAGCUUCUCCCUCACUACAGAGUAAUAGGCCACCUCCCCCAGCCCGGGACCCUCCCAGUCGGGGAGCAGCUCCUCCACCCCCGCCACCCAUGAUCCGAAAUGGUGCCAGGGAUGCUCCCCCUCCCCCACCACCAUACCGAAUGCAUGGGUCAGAACCCCUGAGCCGAGGAAAGCCCCCACCUCCUCCCUCAAGGACGCCAGCUGGGCCACCCCCUCCUCCUCCACCACCCCUGAGGAACGGCCACAGAGAUUCUAUUACCACUGUCCGAUCUUUCUUGGAUGAUUUUGAGUCAAAGUAUUCUUUCCAUCCAGUAGAAGACUUUCCUGCUCCAGAAGAAUAUAAACACUUUCAGAGAAUAUAUCCCAGCAAAACAAACCGAGCUGCCCGUGGAGCCCCACCUCUGCCGCCCAUUCUCAGGUGAAGCCUGGCUUGGUCCUGUUCCUCAGGAAAAGGAUGGACCCUCUCCUCUGCUCAGAUGGUCCCUUCCAUUCCCCUGAAACCUGCAUGAGAGCUCCUGACGUGUUUCUCCGGUGCAUCCCACCUCUAGACACCAAGCGUCCUCCCCACUCACCUCCAUCUAUGCAUCUCGUCUCUAGACUUGGUGAUUGGACUCUUUAUACUGACAGCGGGGUCUCAGACCCUGUCUCCGUCCCUCCUCUUGCAAGCCCUGCUAGCCAGAUGAGGAAUAAGCUCCCAUGUCUCCUGCUUUCCUCUUGGGGAAAGGUGCCUUGUUGUGAUGAAUGAACUCAUUGUUGGGGCAGGGUGGAGAAUGGUACUCCUACUGUCUCCUACCCACUGUGGGGGAAGCUUGGCGAGUAUAUUCUAUUUCAUCAUUUAGGAGGCUGGCAUGGCCAGGACUUCUAGGGGGAGGUGGGCAUUUUUAGUGAAAUGGGAAAGGGAUUUGCAGAGAAGUGAUCUGUUUUAAAGGUCAUGUUUGAAGAAAGGGCAAAGGAAUGGUUCUCCUUUCUUUUUAGGGGUAUUUUGGUUUUGCUUUCACCCCACCCCAUGCCACCACCCCAGGGAGAAGUUGGAUAUUACAAAUACUAAAUACUAAUCAGUUGAACUAAACAUCUAAUAAAAAGAGAGGGUGAAAUAAACUGGGGAUCCUUUUAGAGCUAGUCAGUUUCUGUGCAGCAAAGGGACCAGGUGUCAUUUGCGUCCUCUGGGACUCCUUGCCCAUUUGCCCAUUUCCCUCAGGGUGCUGAGGCUGCGAGAUAUUUUUGCUCUCUGCACCGCCCACUCCCUCAAGAGAAAAGUCACAUUAUUUCAUUCAGCACAGAUUCACAAAUUCCAAAAACCUGCAGUAGGAGAUGGGAAGAUACAGGCCUUGGCCUUGACACCACUUCAGUCUUUUCUGAUUGGCCCUUUCAGUCCUGCUCAGAAACUUCAGCCCCUCAUGGGUGCUCUAGGAUGACAAGGGAAGGGUGAAGCACCUCAUAGAAGGGAUCAGCUCUGUGGGCUUCGAAGGACUUUAAGGCCUGCUUAUUCCAACGUUCACAGCCCAUCUGGCUGAGCAGGUUCUUUCUGUUCCCUUUCUCCACCACCCUUGCCUUCCCCAGGCUGCAGGGUUGUUCAGCCAAAUAGAGAAGGGAGAGGAAGUCUAUAGGAAUAGUCAAAGAUUCCUCUGUUCCAAGAAGCACAAAGUCUUUGGUGAAGUGUGCUUCAGUCCAGUUGAUCUUCCCUGGCUGCCAGCAAUAUGUUUCUUUGUCUUCCAGGUCCUAGUUAAAGGGCAGAGAGGAAAUGGGCCCCCAUCUGGGUCGGAAUUGAGCUCGGAUGGUGCAACAGGGACUUCCCCAUUCUCCAACAGCAGGAUGGGGCUCCUGGGUUCCAUACAUGGGAUGGUUGGUUUGCUACAGCUCUUGCCAAGUGCAAAGACUGCUCAAAGCUUGCAGUGAGAGCAGGGGAGCCAGGGGUGUUUCUUGAAAUGGAUGGAGAGAGUCGAUUAAAAAUUCUCACCAGGUACAUCAACAGGUUUAAACUGCCUUAGGGACCUCUCCAAUCUGUUGGAUCACAGACUAAGGAUCUGUGCAUGGUGCCCAGUGAAACCCAAGUCUUCCCAGUGCUAGAUGGGAGAGCCCUCAACUUCGAUUAUUUGUAUGGGGUCUGCUGUCCUUUGCCAUCCCCUGGGCUACAUUGUCUCUUGGGACACACCAUGGUGAGGUCUGUCGCCAGACCUUUUCUAAUCAUUCUCUUUAUCGUUUUUAUUUUCAAAUUUGUUAGCAGUUAUCUCCCAGCAGUAUCCCCAGCACCCUAAAGCCAGGAGAGCUGAGAACGGGGCACUAGUGGAGGGAAAAAGAGAGAGUUCCAAGAGUUAGUCCUGCAGCAGAGUUCCAGGGAGAUGCUAACCAGUUACUGAACUUGGACUGUGAAGUCUUCCCAUUUGUUUUUGAAAUGGGAGUUGAUGCCUUUUGUACAAUGUUAUCAAAGUAUAUCCUUUUUUUUUUUUUCCCCUCCUUUACUCAAACGUAGAGCAUCAGAGUAAGUAUCACAAGUGAAAGCCAAACCCCAGCUUUUCUUUGGGGCUGAUAAUCUUCCUCCUCUGUGACCUGCUGUCCCUCAUAUUCCCCAGCAUUUGGGCUCUGUCACAUGGGUAUUGAUUGUAUUCUCAUUUUCUUGGCCUCAUGACAAAAGGCCUGGGCCUAGAGCUAAUCAGAGGGAUUUUCUUCUUGAGAGCAUGUUGAUGGCACAGUACCUACUUAAAUGUCUUUGCCUUAUACGUUAUUUGGUCCCUCUGUUAAUAACAGAUUUAUUGUCAUGUAUAUUUACUAUUGAAGAAUGGGAAUGUGAUCCUCAUAGUUAUUGAUCUAUUUUGUAUGUUGUAAAAAGCCUGUAAUAUAGAUUUAAGGUGGGCUGGCCGCAAGAGCACUAAAACUUCUCACCUUUUAAACUGCUCUUUUUAUCUGCUUGUGGGAAUGUUGUCUCUUCAGUGGAAGAUUGGGUGGUCUCAUGUUGAGACUGUUGCCCAGUCCCAUUAACCCCCUUAUUCCCUCCCAGAAGGAAGAGACAUUGCCCAGCUAAGCAUCAGGAAGCUGUGUUAAAAGCCCUUGUGUGGGUUUGGGUUUAUGAUGUUUUUCUCUAGUGGGGAAAAACUUAAUUGUUUCUUUCCACCCUUUCUGGAAAGCAGAGCAGUGGCUUCCAAGUUUUUAAAUGAGCUAGAUGCCCCUCUUCCCUCUUUUUUGGUUGCCAAACCUGGAUCAAAUGACUUUGAUAUUCCAGGUGUGGUUUUUUCUGUUGUGGGGAUUUCCUCCAGCUGCAGAGCCCCAUCUUCCUUACAGCCUGGGCUCCCAGAGUAAGGGCACUUAGGGCUACCCCACCCGAUGGGUGUGAGGCUGCUGUCUCCAGAAAUGCAUCCCAGCACUCUCAACUGACAAACGCAAGGAGACUAGCCACUGGCUGUUGCACUGGGGCAUCCCUUCCCCCUCACAGCUUCCCAACUUGAAGCCCAGAUUUACCUCCAGGGAGAGGUGAGAAAAAAUUGUAAAUAGACUUGCUACAGAGCAACUCAGGGUUGGGGUGUGUUUUAAUUCUCCUGAUCACUUGAAAUAAUCUGUAGGCUGAGUGCUUAUGGGAGUGGGGGAGAAAUGUGACUCCAGGGUCCUUACCUUCUGCAAAGCUUUGGGGGUGGAGUACAGGGCAUCUGAGGCCCUUUGAUGGCACUACACUGAGCUGUCUGUCCUUCUGGAAACCCAGCCUACAAUCAAACCACGAAUCCGAUUCACAUUCCAGUUGUAGCCUGCCUUUCCCUACUGAAUCUCAGUCCCUGGCCAUGUGGUCAAGGUGGCUUUCUGUAAGCCACCCUGAUUUAGGGAAUGGAAGGUGUUACAAGUCUACCUUCAAGACUCAUCUCUUAAAAGCAAAAUAUAACAAAACUACAGCCACCUUCAAAACACAUACAAAAAGAAGGAUAACUAACUGAAGGAAGGAUUUGGUUCCAUUCAACUCCACGGUCAUUGUGCCUUUACUUGUGUUAGAUUUCUCUGCUUUCUUCCUCUCUCUCUUUGAAGCAAUUAAAAUCUUCCUUGAUAACUGCUGUUUCCUUCUUUCCACUCUGGUUUCUAACAGCUUAGUGGGUUUCCUCUCUAAUUGUCUUAAAUCAUUCCACUGGUGGCAGAGGGGCCAAGUCUUCUUUUCUCAUGUCUAACCUUUGUUCUUUCCCACGGUGACCAGCGUGAAAGUCAUAGUCAACACUGAAUAAAAGACUGGAGUGACGUGUGAAGAAUGUGUGUGUGUGUGUGUGUGUGUGUGUUCAUCUUUGUGUGUGGAUGUUUUCUUUUUAAAAAAUAAUUUAUUGUAUGAUUUAUUUUGGAGUUCUGUUCCAAUCACAGUGCUCCCUCGCCCAGUUGGCAGUGAUUUUGCCCCCUCCCGCCCCCCUCAAUGUAUACUCUGGUCUCAGGCUGGAUUCUUUGGUACGUUUUUUUUCUUCUGGAUGCCAUGCAGUUUAAUUAAACCUUGCUUAAAAACAAAAACAGAAACCUGAAAACUGUGUACUCUUGUCUGGAACACUGCCUCAAGUGGUGGCAUAGAGAGGGGAGAAAAUCUGUUGCCUCCGGUGAGUGUAGUGGUUGACUAGGACCUCUGAGAAGGUAGAUGCACUGAGUUGGGUGGAAGCAUCUGGUAGCUUCCCAGGCAUUUUUUCUCCUCCCCUCCUGCUGUGUUUUGACUACCACAGUUCCUUAGCCAUGCUCACCUGGGUGACUGAUAGAUUUGGUCGUCUGUGUUUGCCACCUACCUGAUUUCAGGGGACCCAGGGGACGCUCUGGCUUUGCCCUCUCCUUCCAUCUCUUAGGAUUCUUUCUACCUGUGUUGCAUGGGGGUCUCACACUGAGUGAUGUACGGAAGAAAAGGUGGGGGCAGAGCAAACAGACUGUGCGUGUCUAUUUUUAUUGGCUUUUUUUUUUCCUUCCCCACUUCUUACAUUGAUAUCUUAUCUGGCUUUCUUGAACUUUGACUUGGGGUAUAAAAACUGAACCAGACAGUCUCUGCUUACUGUGGUCAACUGACAUAAUCACCACCAAGACUUAAUGAGCUUACCUUGCACUUUUCAUCACUAGCUAGGAAAGGUCUUGAGAUUAUUUCCUAUACUGAUUCAUAAUGGGUGUGUGUAUGAAUCAUUUUCACAUAAUUUAGAUAUAAAAACCUAUGAGAGGGAGGCGGGAAAGGCCUCCUUUCAUUUUCAUCCAUACUUAACAGAUUGGCUGAAUCCCUGAUUAUUUGACCCAUCAUUGUUAUUAAUAUGAUUAAUAAACUACCUAUUUAUUGAUUUAA